AUGUUCCUACAGCGUACCGCCUCCGCCUUCGCGCGGCGCUCUCCUGCCCGCGCUUUCACUCUUGCUCAGCGCCCGUUCUCCUCGUCCAUCGUGCGCAGCAACGAGAAGAAGUGGGCCCCCAAGGAUGAAGGCAAGACCUUGUCCUUCGACGAGAUCAAGAAUGAGGACGACCUGAUUCCCCCGGGUGCCAAGCCCGGUACCGUUCCUACCGACUACAUCCAGGCCACCGGUCUCGAACGUCUCGAGCUUAUCGGAAAGAUGCAGGGUAUCGACAUCUUCGACAUGCGUCCCCUGGAUGCCUCCCGCAAGGGAACCCUCGAGAACCCCAUCAUUGUCAGCGGUGCCGGUGAUGAGCAGUACGCCGGUUGCACUGGCUACCCCGUAGACUCCCACCAGGUUAACUGGCUGACGGUAUCCCGCGAGCGCCCCAUUGAGCGCUGCAACGAGUGCGGCAACGUCGUCAAGCUGAACUACGUUGGACCCGAGGAGGACCCUAACUCCCACGACCACGACCACGGUCACCACCACCCCCCUCACGAGGAGCCCAAGACCUUCGCCGACUACGUCAAGCCUGAUUACUGGUACCGGUAA